AUCUGAACACCAGAGUGUGUAUCAAAGAAACACUCCCGGAGUGAGGGUUGGCUGGGGCAGCUGGUAGCUAACAGUUUAGCUGUUAUGAUGGUGUAAUAUUAACUGUAGGAAGUCUGCAGUCAGUCUGUAGGGAGUCUACAGUCAGUCUGCGUCUGCGGAGUGACCGUCUGAGGGACCGUGUCUGUGGUCCUCGCUCAGAUCAUCUCCAGGAGCCUAAGGUGACUUUGGAUGUUGACGUUCAGUCUGGAAGCUUGCUGCAGCUGUCAGAUAAAACAUGUCAAAGUUCCUCAGAUCAUUAUUGUUGUUGACUGUUGACCGCAGUCUCCUCUGAUUCUGGUCUGCUCGGGUUUCUUUAAACUGAUCUGAGAUCUGGAGCCAGCAUAGAAAAUCUGAUAUAAAUGAGCUUUCGUGUUGUAUUUGAGACGCCUCAGAGCUGAGAGUGGAGUAGUCUGUUAUUCUACUUUCUCUACAUCCAUUAUUAUUCGUAUUGUUACUACUGUUGUUGUUGUUAUUGUUUUACUAAACUGCUCCAUGAAAAGUUGCUGUUGAGAAGACAGUGGGAACUGCUGUGUGUGCUUCAGUAUGAACAGGUUGGCUGGAGCUGGCUGAAGGCAAACACCCUCUCCAUUAACAACUGAGGGGGCAGAAAUAUUUGAAACACCUUUAACAAACAGUGGAUAUAAAAAGUCUACACACCCCUGUUUAACUGCUAGGUUUUAGUAAUGUAAGAAAAUGACAGCAAGAUCAAUAUUUUCACAACUUUUUCCACCUUUAAUGUGACCUAUAACCUGAACAAUGCAAUUGAAAAACAAACUGAAACCUUUGAGGGGAAAAAUAAAAACUACAAAAGUUAAAAUAGCCUGGCUGCAUAAAUAUGCACACCCUUAAACUAAUACUUUGUUGCAGCACCUUUGGCUUUUAUUACAGCACUCAGUCUUUUUGGGUAGGAGUCUAUCAGCGUGGCACAUCUUGAUGUGGAAAUAUUUGCCCACUCUUCUUUGCAAAACCGCUCCAAAUCUGACAGAUUGUGAGGGCAUCUCCUGUGCACAGCCCUCUUCAGAUCACCCCACAAAUGUUCAAUGGGAUUCAGGUCUGGACUCUGGCUGGGCCAUUCCAAAGUCUCAAUCUUAUUCUGAUGAAGCCAUUCUUUUGUUGAUUUAGAUGUGUGCUUUGGGUCGUUGUCGUGCUGAAAGAUGAAGUUCCUCUUCAUCUUCAGCUUUCUAGCAGAAGGCUGAAGGUUUUGUGCCAACACUGACUGGUAUUUGGAACUGUUCAUAAUUCCCUCCACCCUGACUAAGGCACCAGUUCCAGCUGAAGAAAAACAGCCCCAAAGCAUGAUGCUGCCACCACCAUGCUUCACUGUGGGUAUGGUGUUCUUUUGGUGAUGAGCAGUGUUGAUUUUGCGCCAAAUAAACCUUUUACAAUGAUGCCCAAAAAGUUCAUCUUUGGUUUCAUCAGACCAUGACACAUUUUCCCACAUGCGUUUGGGAGAUUUCAGAUGUCUUUUUGCAAAAGUAAGCCUUUGAUGUUUUUCUUUGUGAGAUAAGGCUUCCGUCUUGCCACCCUACCCCAUAGCCCAGACAUAUGAAGACAGCGGGAGAUUGUUGUCUCAUGUACUACACAGCCAGUACUUGCCAGAAAUUCCUGCAGCUCCUUCAGUGUUGCUGUCGGCCUCUUGGUAGCCUCCCUGACCAGUUUUCUUCUUGUCUUAUCAUCAGUUUUGGACGGACGUCCUGUUCUUGGUAAUGUCACCAUUGUGCCAUAUUUUCUCCACUUGAUGAUGACGGUCUUUACUGUGUUUCAUGGUAUAUCUAAUUCCUUGGAAAUUCUUUUGUAGCCUCACCUGACUGAUAUCUUUGAAUAAUGAGAUCCCUCUGAUGCUUUGGAAGCUCUCUGUGGACCAUGGCUUGUGCUGGAAGAUGUGUCUACAAAAAUGUCAGGAAAAGCAACUAGAACAGCUGAACUUAAUUUGGGGUUAAUCAGAGGCACUUUAAUUGGUGACAGGUGUGUGCUGACUCCAAUUUAACCUGAGUUUGAAUGUUAUUGGUUAAAUCUGAACACAGCCACAUCCCCAGUUAUUAAAGGGUGUACAGGUUAUAGGUCACAUUAAAGGUGGAAGAAGUUGUGAAAUUAUUUAUCUUGAUUUAGUUUUUUACAUAACAAAAACCUGGCAGUUAAACAGGGGUGUGUAGACUUUUUAUAUCCACUGUAUCUUGAUUUUCUCCAAACUGAACAUGUGUCUUUUCUCUUUAGUUUGAAUGGAUGUAGCAGUAGAUGCUCUUCAUCGAUGUGAUUCUUCCUCAUGAAGCUGUGUGACUGAUCCCGUCAUCAGCUGGUUGAACCAUCACCUCUGUGCCUGACGGCAGGGCAAGAUGUCACACAGUGGAAAUCAGUCCUGUCUGACCGGAGCAGAGGACACCCUGUCCUUCUUGGUAUGCACUCUAUCUGUUGACUUAAUAAAUGUGUCGACUGAUCCUUCCUCGUCAGUAUAAAGAUAACUUCUAUAGUUUUGCAGUGCUGUUUACCUCAGGGAUUGGUAGAUUUUUUUUUACACUUAAAAAAAUCAGUAUUAAGUGAAGUAUUAAGCUUUUCUGGUACAAGCUUGAUCCAUGAUUAAUAUGUGAAAUAUUACUGAGAUGAUCAUUCCGUCUCCCUGUCGGCGUGAGGAGCAGUAACCUACACUGUAGAUAUCUACAGCAGUGGCGGCUGCUGGUCUUUCAAGGAGGGGAAGCUCAUUUUUCUGGCCUACAUCAUAAUUGUGUUUGUUUAUUUGUUUGUAACAGAACAGAGUCGCCAAACACAACGGCAGUUGUUUUUAACAAAGACAAAAGUUGCUGAGGAUCGCUAAAGUCUCCGGAGCAGUUAAGAACAACGGAAUGAAUAACUUGAAAAAUGCUCUGGUAGAUGUUUUAGUCUUCAAGAUCGCUGAUUCGCUUGUUUAGCUGUCAAUCAAAAAAGGAUUUCGCCUCAGACAGCUCAUCCAAUCAUAGAUGCAGAAGCUCAGCGUCCUCAAGAAAGUUGGGACCGCCCUCUUGUCACAGAACUCCAGAGACACUGAGCGUCCGAUGGGCGGGACAAAGCCCAGCAUUUAUCCAAUGAGCGUCUAGUUUCGCUGCUGGAACAACCUACUUUGAGCUUCCACAUUGAAGUCAGCAGACGCUGAGCAUCUGGCUGUGUGAAGCGCUGAGGCGCUGCGAGGAUGAAUGAGAACGUUAUGCCGGUUACCUGUGAUUAUCAGCCUCUUAUCACAGUGUGAUACGAAGCUGAUUCUGAACAAAAGAUGAAGGCUUUCUAGCGCGUAUUUAGUUAAUGAAAUGUACACACAGUAGCACGUAUUUCACUACUUUUUCUUUUUUUGGGGGGGGUGACAUCUUAAGGGAAGCUGAGCUUCCCUUGCAGUCUUAGAGCAAUCGCCACUGAUCUACAGUGUAUUAUAUAUUUUUUUAUAACUGCAUAAAAAAUGUUUCAAAUCGGCCGAUUUAUCGGUAAUCUGAUGUUUUUUCCCCCUUAUAAUGCGUAUCGGCCCCAAAAAAUCCAUAUCGGUCGGUCCCUAGUGUGGACCAUUAAAUCACAGAUUUAUUAUCUGAGCGAACAAUGUUGGGCGAUUCACCAGACAGUUGUUUACAUUUCUGUCCAGAUCAGACUGCAGAAUCUUGUUAUUUGCCUGUCUUUGGUCCACAGGUGUGUGUGUUUCAUGUGCUGGAGGACUGGGCAGGCCUGGGUCAGAUAGAGGACUACCUGAGUUUUUUGGAGUACCUUCUGUGGGUCUUCACCCCUUUGGCCAUCGUCUUCAUCCUGCCCUUCCUCAUUGUUAUCCUACUGUACCUCUCCAUACUCUUCCUCCAUGUAUAUAAGGUAAAGCAUCUGCACUGCAAGAUUACUGAACCACAUAUCGCAUUGUUUAUCAGAUUUUACAAACACUUAGUGAUAACAGGAACCAGACUAAGGUUUACUGGUCAUGGCAUCCUGGUCAUUUUCUGUAUCCUUUGCUUGUGUCUUCAUCAGUCUCUCUGAACGAGGGAGACAUUGGCUGCGUUCCACAAUGACACAUAUCAGUUGAGUGACAGUGGAUUUUUUAUUAGAGCAACACCAAACUCCUCUAUCAUGUUUUACAAAUGAGUAAACAUUUUAUCAGAGCUUCCCUUAAGCACAGGCUACUGCAGUUAAUUUCCAGCAAACCACUUAUUACUGACUGUUUUGUGGUUCAUACAAUUGUUGCUUCAUUGUGUUUUUGAUGCUAGAGAAAAAACCCCAAGUGUGGAUAGUGUUUGACUGUAAGAAAGAAAGAAAAAUAAAUAGUUAGAGAAGAAAGUGGGAUUUUUCUCUGUCUGUCUCUGUAAAUCUGUCUGAAAGGAUAAUAAACUGGAUAGGAUUUUGUCGACAACUGACAGAUCUGUAAUGUUUACCUAUCAUAAGUGGUUCUCAAUCCAGUCCUGGAGGCCCACUGUCCUGCAUGUUUUGGAUGUUUCCCUGCUCCAACACACCUGAUUCAAAUGAUCAGCUCGUUAUUAAGCCACUACAGAGCUUGAUAACGAGCUGAUCAUUUGAAUCAGGUGUGUUGGAGCAGGGAAACAUCCAAAACAUGCAGGACAGUGGGCCUCCAGGACUGGACUUAAGAACCACUGCUCUAAAGUAAUACCUACAUGUCCAGAAGAGAAAUCCAUAACAUAGUGAAUCGAUUAUAAAUAAAUUAGUAUUUUGAAAUAUUUUGUAGGAGAUAAGUUUACAUUGUAAGUUAAAAACAGACAUAUUUAAUUAACAAAUCUCCAUAUCUAGUAAAAAAGGGCACAUCUAUCAUCAAAAUAUACAUCCAAUAACAAUGAUCCAAAGUUCAUUUUGUGCAUUUUGAACUAAACACACUUACAAUGACAGUGAAUGACAACAACAGAAAAAGUCAUCCAGAUACCGGGGACUUACAAAUGUUUGCCUCAUGAAGGUCUAGUACCGAAACGUUGCAAAUAAAGGAUUGUGUGCGGGAAUCCCUUUGCUACAUUUACCACAAUAAAUAAAUUUUAAAAAUGAAUCAUUUGAAUAAAAUCAAACAGAUGUAAAUUAAAGAUAAACUAUGCCAUGAUUCAUUUUUUGAGUGUGGCAGCCUCUGCCAUCAGUGUCUGAACUGUUGAACGAGUAAUCAUGACAUGGAGAGCAAAUGGGUUUUGUGUUGUCUGAGGAAUCCAACAAGAGUGCAAGAACUAAAGUUUAGAGUUGACAAGAGUUAUAGAAAAAAAAAGCUUUUCCUUCCUUGUAUCAUGUUAAACCUUAUCUGUUUUUUUUUAACAGAGGAAGAAUCAGCUGAGGGAAGCUUACAGCAACAACUUGUGGGAUGGUGCCAGGAAGACCCUGGCUACUCUGUGGGAUGGACAUGGAGCUAUCUGGCAUGGUAACACACUGUGGGCUUUAUUGGUUAGAGACUUUACAGUUUUAUAUUUUUUUUACAUGUGGUGUAUUCAGAAGGCUUAUAAAAAACUGCCUUUACUGAAACUGAAUUUAGAAAAGGAAAAGUUGGAUUCUUGGUGGAAGCUGCAUGUUUUUGGUGUCAGUUUUAAUAUCGAACUUUAUGCUUACAGGAAAGGAAAUGGAAAGACUUGCUGUACUGCUUUUACAUAUAAUUUUAAAGCUUAGUACUGACCCAAAGACUGUUAGAGACAGCUGUAUUUUGGAGCCUUUACAUCACCUGUUGGGCUGUAUACUGUAGUUUUAUGACCUGUCCGCUUUACUCGGUGCAGUGUUGGUUUAGACUCGACUGUGACUUUAAGAGAGAAUUAAGCGUGAGGGAAGUGAAGAGGUGGCAUACUGGUGGUUAGUGCUGGUUACUGUACUUUGUAGCUUUCUUUUUUGCCUCAUAUCUCCACCUCGUCCACACCAACCUCUUAAAUAACAUUUUAAGGUGUAUACAAAAUUUACAUAAAAAUACAUGGCACUUUUUUCUAGAUAACCAUAAAAAAGCUCUUAGACAUUGUUUUUUGUUCCUUGUUACAUAAACUGUAUACAUUUUUCAAAGGGAUAUAGUUCUGAAACAAGUUUGUUUGAAUGUAAGAGAAAAAGAUGACAAAAGGAAAAAAAAAUAAACACAUUUAUAAAAUAGCAUGUAUGUCCCCGUCCCUAGGCUAUGAGAUUCAUGGAAUGGAGAAGAUCCCAGACAAAGGACCAGCACUGAUCGUGUACUACCAUGGAGCCAUUCCUAUAGACUACUAUUACUUCCUGGCUAAUGUGAUCAUCCAAAAGGGACGGACCUGCCACUCCAUAGCUGACCACUUUCUCUUCAAGAUCCCAGGUACUGUCACACUCAUGCAAACUAAACCGAAAACAUAUCAAAUCUAAACAAAUGAGAAUGCAGGGUUCAUUUUGUCCACAGACGACCUUUUGUUUUUCUUUUGUUUUCAUGUUUCUGUUCAUUAAUCUCAGGCAAAGUUAAGACCAAACGGACCACAGUUUACAGUCCAGGAUAUGUGCCAUGUUUCUUAUAGGUUAGGGUUUGGGUGAUAUAUCUUUCAUUGCAGUGAAUCUCUGAAAUGCAACAAUAAAUCACCAUUAUUGUACAGUGGCCGGGAAGUGUUAGGCGAUUUGCAUAUUUAAAACCCUUUGCAAAAGAAAAAGAACACAAAUGCAAACAGCUACGGUGCGAAUGCAAAAGGCCACAACACAUUGCACAGAGCUACAAAACAACGCAAAUUACAGCAGAAUCAGAAAUCAUUUGAAUAAAAAAAAAACUAAUGUUCUGUAUUUAUAGCAUAUGUUUUGGCGUUGAAAAUAAUGUAAAACACAUGAAAAUCAGCUAAGAAAUUAGCAAGAUGUGAUUUAUUUUUCAUGUACAUCUAAAGCCCUUAAUGGGACUAUUGCAGUCUCACCCCCUUUUCGCUGACUACAAAGAAAACAUUCAGCCUCCAAAGCACAGAGAUAAGAUGUUUGUCAAGUUCUUCCUUGUGUUCAAAAAGUGAUCAGACCAUCCGUAACUUCAUCAAACUUAAUUUUUAAAGUUAACUGUGAAAGAAGUCCCAAUGAGGAGGAGAAAUAAAGAGUCCAGAUCUAACAGAGGUGAGUCAGCAAACUGAGUACUUGAGGAACUAUGACUAAAAUCUUGACUAAGGAUCAGUACUGAGAAAACUCACCCACCCUCUGUAUCCAGCAGCCCUGAAGUGAUCAUCCUGUGUUCUCCUAAUCUUCUGUGCGAGUUUCCAAUUAAAAAGGUUUUUGUUUUCCUGCUGUGAGCCAUAUUCUUCAGACUUCAAAGAUGUGAAAAGUAGGGCAUUGUCAGGGGACUGGGAGAUAGGGGAUAAAUUUGUCUCAUUUGUUUGAAUAUUGCAACUUGGUUGCAUAUUCAUCUUGUGAUUGAUAUUGUUCAUACUUUACUGCUUUAAGCUUCUCAUUACUGAAUAACAGCUCUCUAACUUUGGUUAGAGUAAGAGCAUUUUGGCACUUCUUUUAAUGUGGUCCAAAAGAAGUCAUGUCUAUUUGUCUAGACUCAAGAGUGUCACUGUAAAUAUUUCCAAAACAUUAAUGACUGUUAUAUUGGGGAAAAAGCUGAACAACGUAUCCUUUCAGUCAGACCACUUAAAAUGCCUGUAAAAAAAAGUAGGGCAGGCAAAAACCAACCAAGGUUUCACGUCCCAUUCACACCACAUUCAUACACUGCUGGCACAGGUGGAGUUGUAAAGUUGCAAACACAGCUACCAGAGGCUUUUGGGUUAAAAGGUCUUACACAAGGAGUCUUUAGCAGAGGGAUAGUGGGAGCUGUUACCAACCCCACGACUCUCCGAUUGAGAAAUAACUGCCUCUACCACUGAGCCACAGUGGACCCCAGGUCGAUACAGAGUCCCUGAGCAGGUUCAAAUUAGACCUGGUUAGUAUGGCAAAAAAGUUAUAACACAAUUUAUAUUUUUUUUAUGGCAGAAUCAUGAUCACAAAAUUAUCUCAGUUUUUCAUAUUUUCAGGACUAUUUUAUAAAUAACUGACUGGUAUAACCAUUCCUAAAUUCCUUAGUUGAAAGAAAAAGAAUUACAGACCAUUUCAGACAAAGUACCUUUUUAAAAUUUUAUUUCUUAUUUUUUACCAACAUUCUUUUAAAGCAGUGGCUCUAAAGUCCAGUCCUCGAGGCCCACUGUCCUGCAUGUUUUGGAUGUUUCCCUGCUCCAACACACCUGAUUCAAAUGAUCAGCUCGUUAUCAAGCCAUUAUAACGAGCUGAUCAUUUGAAUCAGGUGUGUUGGAGCAGGGAAACAUCCAAAACAUUCAGGACAGUGGGCCUCGAGGACUGGACUUGAGAACCACUGCUUUAAAGAGAUACAAAGAAAAUCUAAGAUACUGCAAAGUACUAUUGUUUACAUGUCUCCAAGCUCUUCCAUCACAUAUGACAAGUCUGUUCUUAUUACAUAGCAAUAGCAUUACAUAGCAACAUCUGGUGAAAAUUAUGUUGUCGACGCCUUAACAUAUAUGUAAUUAUCUCUAAAGGGAGGGUUGUAGAUAACUCGCUUGGACUUCUGGUAUUUUACUAUGAGACGGCUGUUACUCUCUUAAUUAUUCACACACUUAUUUCUACAAAGAUUUUUUCUGUUUCUUAAUAUUCAAAUUAUCUGGUUGUAGACCCAAAAAAACAACUGUGGGACUAAGGGUAUUUGAAUUUGUAGAAUUUCUGUAUUACUGUACAUUGCCAAAUACAAUAAAAAAACAUACACUUUUCCUUUUCACAUUUAAUACAGUUGUUGUCCGUUAGUUGUGCUAAGAAAACCUGGACUACUGAGAGCAGGCCUGGUUUAACAGUCUGACUGCAGCAGGAAGGGAGGACUUGUGGUAUCUCUCUGUCACACACCGUGUAUGAAGAGCCUGUCACUGAAGGAGCUGCCCAGUGCUGUUACAGUGCUCUGUAGGGGGUUGGGGGAACAGUCCGUGAGAGAUGAUAGCUUAACUAUCACCCUCCUGACCCCAAACUCCUCUAUAGGGUCCAGAGGACAGCCCAGGACAGAGCUUAGCACAAAACUUAGAGAACUCACCAGAAAACUUGUAAAUUCAGCACUGUUAUACUCAGUGUGUGCAGCUUUAUCAUGAAGUCCAUUUACUCAGUGUUGUGUAUGUGCAUUUUCUCCAGGCCUUGGUCCCCCUUAGAGUGCUGGGUCUGUGCAUUUACAAUGGCAUCAGCAUUGGCAGAGCACAGAAUUCCAUCAGACAGAAUGUGCCAACACCACAAUCUCCCUGGACUGGCGCUACAUGGUUUUUGAGAAGUGGGAGGGGAGUUUGCCAGUGUAGGCGACCCUGGAACAGUAAAUGAAAAUCAAUGAGGACAGAUGGCUUCAAGCUAAAAUAAUGUUCCUCCAGACCAUUUCAUUAAGCAGUGCCGAUGUGGCCGCUUGGAAAGGCAAAUGCAAAGCUUACUCUGAAUUGGAGGUUCAGCAAUUGUUGGAGCUGAUCUUGUUUCUCUAAAUCUCCUGUGAAAGCUGCUGUGGCUAAAUUUAGAGACGGUUAAGCCUUUUUUUUCCUGCUUCCAGUAGAUGUGGGUAUAGAAAAUAUUUGUGGCUAAGCAAGGUCCUAAGAUAAAGCUCUUAUUGGUUCGUGAUAAGGCAGUGAGAAAGGAUCAUAGAAGGUGACAGUUGAUGGCUGAAUUUUGUCACCAAGAGGACAGGGUAGUCCUGUUGAAAGAGUGUGCUGCCUCUUUACAAGUGAUCAGCAACAUAUGCUACAGCAGUGUUUGUGAGCUAUAAUGAGUGGUGAAGGCGUAGUUACUGUAUGUAAACUAGAAUCCUGACAGGAUGAGAUACAACCCCCGAGUCAGUGUGAACUGAUUAUUCUGCUUCAGUGUCAAAAGUAAGAUGUGCUUUUUUCCUGCUAACUAAUAUUUGAUUUGGUGUGUCGUCUUUGGCAUUAGCUUUGCUGUUAAGGAUGGGCUACCACUGUCAAGGGAGUUUGACCAAUCAGAGGUACAUAUACAACACAGUUGGGGUGGGGUGGGGGGAUAAGUAAGAGCUGGGUAUCACUAAUCUAUGUCCUCAAAUUUCCUUUACCCUAAUAGUGUGUUAUUAUAUGAAGUGUGAUAUUUAUCAAAAAGCACUCUGUUCUCUGACACGUAAACAAUCAGCUUGUCGGCCAUGUUGGAUAUACCGGUGAAUCAGAUGUCGUAACAACACACAAUCUGAUUGGUAUGAAGUGGACACACAGUAUGCGAAACUUUAUGAAAAAUCGACCGUGAUCCGAAAAAAAAAAUGCUGCAAUAUCGCAGGACGGGAAAACGUCGCUGAUGUGAACGCUUGUAUUGACAGGAUACGGGUUCGGAAAAAAAAAUUGACGAAAUAAUCGCAUGGAAAAAAACGGUCCCGGUGUAAAAGGACCUUUAUUCAAGCAUGUAGAGGACAAGAUGAACAAAGACCACUUAGUCCACAGGGGCCGCCAAAGAUGACGUCAACAAAAAGUUCCUCACAGGAGCUUUAAAAAUGAAUGUUAUGACUUUUUUAAUCCACUAAACACAGCUGGGUGUGUGAAUUAGUAUCUGCGUUGUUCCUUUUAAUGUCAGCUUUGUUCCAGUGUUUCACCUGCCUGACCUGCCCUUUCCUUUGUUCCAUCUUCACCCUCCUCACUGUCCCUUCACUCCAGGUUUCAAGUUACUGUUGGAGGUGUUCAGUGUGUUUCAUGGUCCUCAGGAGGAAUGUGUGAAGGCCCUCAAGAAUGGUCACCUGUUGGGGAUUUCUCCAGGAGGAGUGCGGGAGGCUCUCUUCAGCGAUGAGACCUAUCCUCUUCUCUGGGGCAAACGGAAAGGCUUUGCCCAGGUUGCCAUUGACUCCCAAGUGGUGCGUUAUUAUUGUUGAUCUCCACUGUGACUGCCUCAGUGUUUUUUGUUUUGUUUGUUUUCGUUAACGAGUUAGUCUUGAAUGCAUACUUAACGUUUACACUGUAAUCGUUAUUUGAUAAGAUAUUACACUCCAAUGUAAAAAAGUACACUUAAAAAUAUAGUGAAGUUACACUCUUGGCCAAUGUUUCCCAUCUUGUGCUUCAGUUCUUUACAAAAUAAAAUUUUAUUGUUUGUAUGACUUACCACAGAAAUGGUAUAUUCAACAUCUUUUUACAUUUUAAAUAUGCCAUAUUUGUUUUGAUGUUGCUUCUUAACCUGAAGAACACCUUUAAAAGCAGGUCAUGUUUAUGAAUUCUGUAUCAAUAUAAUAGCAUAAAAUUAAUAACUUCAUUAAAAUAGCAUGAAAAAAAAAAGAUUAAAGAAGAAAAAAUGUGAGUAUGAACAACUCAGUUUGACUCACUUGUGCCAGUACACGAUCCCUGCCAGUGCAGAGAAUACCCUGACUUCUUUAUUACUGGUCCACUAUCACUGCCCCUGUUACAAAAGGUAAGAGCUGUCAGCUGAUUCAAGAUCAGCUGAUGCACUGUGAAAUGAGCUUGCCUUGGUGGCCUGCCUGAACUAACUCUUCUCUCAGACACUUAAUGCUGAGCUAUCAAUUUACUGUUGAUCUUCCAGCUUCCGAAAGAACUCAGACCAGCUAAAUCAAGACUCCUUCAAAAUUAGACAUGGUUUGAAGUUCUCUGGUGUGUGCCUCAGUUAUUGGUAUGUUAAAUGAUAUAAUGUGCUUUCUAGUAAUCACUUAUAAUUGAAGCCUCCCUAACUCUCUCUCUCUCUUUCUUUCUCUCUCUUAUUCUGUCCUUUUUUCAGCCAGUAAUUCCAAUGUUUACUCAGAAUGUGCGUGAAGGCUUCAGAUCUCUGGGGACACUCAGUAAGUGUUGGAAAGAGUUGGGGACACACAUGACACAACUGUACACAAAGAGGGCUGCACUGUGUCUUCAAUACCUGCUGUUUUGUGUUGUUGUUUGUGAAUGUAGCGACACAUUGGGAAUGUCUUUCCUAAACUAAUAAGCAUCACUGGUUUUUAGUACUUCUUUGACAGUGAAUGAGUACAAAUACCUGUCUGUUCAUCAUGAACAGACAGGAUGAAGGAAAAGUGAUGAAGGAAAAGUUCUGUACUCUGAUGUCUUUAAUAUUGUCAUGGCGGUGUUCGUGCUACGUGUAACAGAACAAGACGCAGAAAGUUGUUUGACUAAACAAAACAGCAAAAUGAAUCUUGAGGUUGUGUGCUGAGUGUAAACUGAAUUGAAGUGAUUCAAUGAUUGCGGUGUCAUAGUCACAUAGAAACCCAAAAUCAACCACAUUUGUUGUAAAGAUCUGAAGUCUGUUUAAAGGCUUUUUGCUUGUCUAAUUCUAUAGUAAACUCUGCUGUAUCAUUAUACUCCGUAUAUACAAAAUAAACAUAUUAGAGUAGAGCCCAAAAACUAAAAGAGUUGAAACACUGUUAAAAAAUGUUGAUAAAAACUAGGGCCCGACCAAUUUAUCGGCGAGCCCAUUAAAUCGGCCAAUUUUAGCCUGGUCGGUCUUCCUGUCGGCGUGAAGAGCAGUAGCCUGUAGAUAUCUGCAGUAUAUGUAUAUAGAUGUAUGUAUAUGUGUAUAUAUAUUUUAUAACUUCACAAAAAUUUUAAAAAAUCAGACGAUUAAUCGGUAAUCUGAUCCCCCCCCCCCCCCCCCAAUAAUCGGUAUCGACAUCGGCCCCAAAAAAUCCAUAUCGGUUGGGCCCUAAUAAAAACUGACUUUGAUUGUCAGAAAACCUGGAUUUGAUUUUGGAAAAGUGCAAAUACAACAUGUCUCAUGUCGAAAAUUUGAAAAAAAUUUAAUUUCAUCUUAAGUCUGGUGGCAGCUGUGACAUUUCAAAAAGUUGGGACAGGAGAACUAGAGUGGAGCGCCCUGGUACAACUUCACCAACUUUUAAAGUGCAUGGAGAAAGAAAAAUGGUCUUAAAGGGUCAAUACUCCAGCAGCUCAUGAAGACCGACACGUUUCAGCUUGUAGCUGAUCAUGGAUCGUGGCCCUGAUGAAGGCUACAAGCCAAAAUGCAUUAGUCUGUCACUAAAGUUCUUAAAAUUUGCAUAUUUAUUCAUAGAAUAAAAGAUUUUAGUUCAACAUUUUAUAUAUUGUCUUCGCACUUUUUAAAUUACAUAUGGAGGUCAAAUGAUCUAUAAACCAAUAAAGACAUGUUUUUCGGUGUUUACCACAGCAUCUCUUCUCUUGUGGAAUUAAGGUUUUAUUAAAACUUGUGAUGCUACAAUUAAAAAUGUUAAUGUUCGUGUUAAGGGCAGCUGUGCAUUUUCUGCAGGGCUGCUCUUUUAACAGCUCAGGGAUCUUUCUCCCUGCUGGCUGUUAGAUAGAAUAUAUGCUCUGAAAAAUAAACCCAUACAGUCUGCUGGGCUGACCCGACACAUGGUAAUAGAAAUCUGCUGCUUACCUUGGUAUUUGUCCUUACCCAAAUCCCCUCUUAUAUCUCUCCAUGUCUCCUUUUUUUAAACCAGGAUUUUAUCGCUGGGUGUAUGAGAGAUUUCGUCUACCCAUAGCUCCUGUUUAUGGAGGGUUUCCUGUGAAAUUUCGUACCUUCCUUGGUGACCCCAUCCCGUAUGACCCCAACAUAAACGCUGCAGAGCUGGCAGAGAAAGUAAGUGUGCUUAAGUUAUUAUGAGAGUGUACCUAUUCUUCCCUGUCUGUUACGCUAAUCCUUUGCCGCUGUUAGCACAACAAAUGUCCCAACUGUGAAAUAAAUAAAUGUUUAUCUUGUCUCUUUUCUUAAAAAGAUAUUCCGGCGUAAGUUUAAGCCAUGGUCAAACACACCGUAACACUGAGUAAUGCUUCUCCAGUUAUACCAACUUUAGUAACGACCGCACAAUAGCACUACACAGCGUUCUACGUCUCCACGCACAAACCUCAACCAAAAAGCCACUCUAUAGUUACAAAUAAUGCUCAGAACAGCACCUAACUUCAUCAACAGUACAUAUAGGUUCCCAGACGUAGUACCAGCCAUCAAACAUCUUUUGAGCUUUGCCUGAUUUCUUUAGCAAAGAGACCAAACACAACUCACCCACUCUCUUCCAGCAGUUGCUUGUUUGUGGGGGAGCCCUGAUGACUCGAUCACGAGUGCAGGGGAGGUCCGCAGCUCAAGGAAGAAAGUUUAUGAUUAUUACAAUAGAUGCAAUCAGAGUUCUUGUGUAUCUUGUAUGUGCACUACAGACGUGGUUGUUCUUCAGCCUUACUGUCUCAAUCGGCGUGUUCACAUCUAUGUUCAAUACAAGAAGCCACCAGUUUACUAUAGUCUUGCCACAUCUAAGCUGCAAUCUGUGAAAUGAAUCCGAGUUCUACUUCUUUUGCAUCUUUCCGCAACCUGGAUAAUCACAUACAUUGACCAUUGUGUCCUCCUUUGCCUCAGGUAUUUGGUCGUGACUGAUUUCUCUUCACCUUCGUGCUGUCUCGUCACUUCUCAUGAGAUAAACAAUCGCGUUUCACUUCAAUUAAAAUCUUGCAUUCGUUUACGUGAUUUUUCCCCUGCAAAUACGUAAAAUUAAAAAUGCUCAUCUGCGCUCAUUUCCCGGCCAGCUAUGAGCUAUGACAAGUGACAAAGGAGGAAGAAGAAGUCAUUGUUUGUGUUGUGGAACUGUUACCUCCACCUGCCUCAGAAGUUGUUAACUCUGAGUCAUCUUUGUGGAUCACCACGCUCUCUGAUGAAGUUUGAAUGGUAUCCCGCAGGAUGUUUGUGACCAGGAACUGUUUUCAAACACACCGGGCAUUCACCAGCAGGGCUGUUAAAUGUGUUAUUUUUUUCAAACUGCAGGUGCAGCAGGCACUCCAGUCUCUGAUAGAUCAGCACCAGCGGAUCCCAGGGAACAUCUUAAGAGCCUUGUUGGAAAGAUUUCACUCCAAGAACAAAGGCCAGUAACCUCAGCAGAACAACAACACAGACAAACUGUCCAGAGUGUGACCAAAACCACAUGAUGGUGAGAUGGCCUCAGUGUGCACAGGUCUGGUGGCCUGACAUGUUUGAAGUUUUUCACAACACCUGUAAGUGCAGCUGCUGAGGUUCUUAUGCAUGCUCAGUCUUUGUAUUGCAUCUUGCGGAAUUUUGUUAUAGAAUUAAUUUAAAUCUUUUUUUUUGUUUUGUUUUUAUUAUCUGCUCAUUACCAGAAUUGAUCUGUUUAAAAGGAUUGUUCAGUUUUUGGGGGGCAGUGGGGUUUUAUGAGGUACUUGUCAGGAGUAAGUGGAUUAGCUCCAGCGGAUGAUGGUCAGCUCCACUUUAGAAACACUGAACUGUCCCUUUAAAGCUAGAAUUCCUGAAUUUGAGUUAAUGGACUAGACAAAAAUCAUACCUCAAAAGUUUAAAUGAUGAAUAAUUUUUCUUCUUGUGCACAGUCUCUUAUUUCUUUUGUAUCAAAGUUACUGUCAGAGUUGAUUACAGUAUAGAUGUAGGACCCAAGCGCAGGCUGAUUGGUUGGUUUUACUUCUGGUUAAAAGGCACUGAUUUUUGUGGGUGCAAAGAAGUACACGUCAUUACUGAAGUUGAUAAACCAGCAUUUUAGAAAUAUUUACCAGGUGAGUGAGAAAGAAAUUCUGUGAUUUACUUUCCAGGUCUGACUGAACUCUUUUGGGAGAAAAUGUUUUAAGUGUGGGUGAGAUAUAAAAACUUCCAGACCAGUUUUUUGGAAGUAUUUGUGAAACCCACAAUUUUUCCAUGAAAUACAAAUUCAUCCAUACACCUAUACUUCAGAUUGAAUUUAGUAUUCAUAAAGAACCUGAUACAAUAGCAAUAUUUGUUAUGCGUAUGUGGAGUAAUACGAAUUCUCCUAGAAGAAAACUUCAAAAUCUUUCAGGACUGUUUAUUUUAGAGGACAAAAAAACCACAGGGACCUCUGCAGACUGAAAGGAGAAUUACAACAAUAAACACUCAGCCAGAAACAUGUUUUCAACUGCAAUCUUUUUCCAUAAUUUUUAACAACAGAACUGGAAAGUGAACCAGACAUAAUUACAUCCUCUCUUAAAUCAUCUUUCUCCUUUAAAUUUUUUACAAUUUCAAAAGAUAAUGAAAAGUCUUAAAACACAGGGGGAAAAAAAGGUCAGACUGAAACUAGAUCACGGGAUUGUUUUUCUCACUUCUGUCUCCAGGCUUCAGAUGUUUGAAUGUCACCUCAUCUUUACACCCUUUUACCUUCACUUGAAUCCCCAGAAAUUAGGUCCAAUGUGUUUGGGGGAAUUUUCUGUGCCAUCAGUAAUUCUAAAAAAUAUUUCUAAGAUCAAGUAAUAAAACAUGUUCUUUUCACCAUGUGUUUGUGGAUACAAAGUCAUGGAGACAAACUUUCUCUAAUUACCAUCAAAUUACUACAUCGUUUUUUUUGUUUUUUUUUUUAGAUAUGUAAAAACAUAACCCCAUAAAAUGAUUUUAGUUCACCUCAUAAAGUACAGUUAAAGGUGCUGACCAACUCAGCACUACACAAAGCUGUUUUGCAUGUAGGUCAUGGGGGUUUUGACCUUUUCAGACAAGCCCUUGGUAGAGAAACCCUCACAGUCAAAUGGAAAACUUUCAGGUCCUUUCACUAAACUUUAGGGAUGCACCAGUGUUGUUUUCGUCAGGCAGGACGAAAACUUGAAUGACGACGUCAGACCCCUUUUUUCCUUGACGAAAAUGAGACUAAGACGAACGUCACCAAAGCUCUGUAAAGACUAAAAUGUGACGAAAGUUGUUUUCAUUUUCGUCAGACGAGAACGAGACGAGACUAAAUUGUUAUUAGGUGGACGAACAAAGUUUCAAAACACGCUUUUUUUUGUCCGAACAGUCACGCCCCCAUCACACACGCACCAAAAGCCUCGCUCGCGCACAGCUGCGCGCACACACUCAUACACAUACACAGAGCGGUAGGUGGACGAGGCGCGCACACACACACACACACACACCGUGGCGGCAGGCACAGCAGCGGUGCCCGGUGGCCGAAAAAAAAGGGAUGCUUUAUGGUCCUACUUCAGAUACAGUCCAAGUGACAAUAAAACACAAUGUCUUGUACGGGGAGACGAGACAGGCGACAGUUGUGGAGCCACAGCUUCCUCAUGCUGCGGCUUCAAACUGUCGGGAAAGAACACCACGAACCUCAAAAGGCACCUUUUCGUCGACUAAAACUAGACUAAAACCUUUUGAGCUUUCGUCGGACUAAAACUAGACGAACACUAUCAAGGAUAGAAAUGACUAAAAUGGGACUAAAACGAGGAAGCAUUUCGUCAAAAUGACUAAGACUAAAACUAAAUCUAAAAUGCCUGCCAAAAACAACACUGGGAUGCACCAGUGUAUCAGCUGAACAUCGGUGUCAGCAGAUACAAGCCCUGUUAACAGACAUCAGCACAUAGACAGAUAAUGUGUCAGUAGCUGAUGUUUGUUAGUGUCCUGUAGCAUCCUACCUGUAUCUUUAUCCCAUGGAUGUAAAAUUAGAUACCUAUCGCAUUGUACUGCCUGUACAGAGAGAUUAUUAUUGAGCAGAAGAAGUCCAUGCUGGACAAGCUCCAGUGUGUGAUUAUGACAUGGAUGACGAGAUGAGUAACAGUUUGUAGAAGGUUUCCAGAGACAUUUAAAGAUGGGAUGAGCAAUUCUAAAAAUACAUCAAAACUGGAAAAUCAGACACAGAAAAAUGAUGCAAGAAACAUUGGUACCUGCUCUGACAUUCACUAGCAGUGCAUCUCUACUAAGUUCAGCUGAGUUAGCUAGUCUACAGCUCUAGGACUUCAGACUCUUUAAAUUUUAGGGCUCUAUUUUUGUGGCCGCCGGCAAUGCGGCGGAGGGUGGUGGACCCCGUGCAGUGGUAUUUUCGUCUGGCGGAGCCCGGCGCACAGCCAGUUUGGUAUUUUCGUGGACUGAGGUCUGCCAAGAUGGGUGUGGUGGCGCAGUAGGGGGAGGUGUCGACAGAAUCAGCUGGUGCAGUGACAUUUUCGUACCUGCCGGCGGCGUAUAAAGUACGCUGAAAGCUUGCCAAUUCAAACCUGGACAGCUUUUAGUGCAGGCGGAGUGCAGCAUAUGAGACAGUGUGAAGGACGCCCUCUGCAGCGCUUACAGCAACACUUGUUGAGGGGCUGCCUUCUGUUGCCAUCAUGUGGCAUUGUUGUCUUCAGCCAUCUCUUGAUCUCUUUGACUACUUUACGAAAAUUGUAAAACGCCUCGCCGGUGGCGGAUUUAAAGGUGAGGAGAGGAGCUGAUAUGAUUGGCGAAAACAGGUCUUAGCUGUGGUAAACCCACUCCACACCUUCUCUCCUCCUUUUUUACUACUAACGCCCCUGAGAGGAGCUGAGUUAAGGAGGGGGGAUACUUACGCCGAGCUGUGUUGCUCACCAAAAUACCAAAAUGUGCUUGGACAUGCCUUAUCAGUGCGGCAGACCUGACUUACGCCGCACCGACGAAGCACGAAAAUAGAGCCCUUAGUGUUUCUGACAGUGACAGAGAAACUUCAACAUGUGAGUACAGAGGCCCCCUCUUGUCGGGGUUAGCCUGAAACAGCCAAGACCGUCAGUGACAUCAACUUGAGUGGACCUCUGAAGGUGUGCUGUAGUGCCUGACACCAAGACAUUAGGGUUAGACUGGUUGUCCAGCACACUUCACUAAUGUUUGAUUGGAUUGAGAUCAGAGAAAUGUCAAGACCUUGUCAGCAUCUCAAGGGUCCACCAUUUCGACCAUUUCCUCCAUAAGUGGAUAUUUUACUGCUGAUCUGUCCCAUUUGUUCCAUUGCAGGGGUUCAUCUGUAUUGUGUUACGGAGUCUUCAUCUUAAUUCUGAUGUGAACUCAUAACAUUUUGUAUCAGCUGGCUAUAGGUUACCUAACAUUGAUCCGGUGGCUUGGUGUAGUCAAGACUUUAACUUAUCCAUCAGAACAAACAUGUACAUGUGUAAAAAAAAAAAAAAAACUGUCAGAGUUGACCAAACACCUAAAAGAAAUCUGGCAGUCAUCAGAGGGCUUCUGAUCUUAGGGAGGAUGAAACUUGAAGGUGAGUCCCACAGCCUCAGAUACUCUAUCUGAAAAGAUGCUGCUGAAACAAAAAAGAGUUCAUCUUUUCUGAUUUGUUUACUAACUGAUUUAAAAGAAGUUGUAAGUAAUACCAAAGACUUCACAGUUUGUAGGGGCUGUGCUUUACAGUAAUCUGUAUAUGUAGUGCUAGUUCAGUGGUUACUACAAACAUGUAACAGAUGCAUUAUUUUACCUUUACACUUGUGUAAGUGAGUGUAAGAGCCUUCUCAAGCUGCAUUCAUGUGCUCCUCAGAGGGUCCCAGCGUCCAGGUUUCUUUUGACUUUAGUGGGUUGAUGUGUCCUUAGUUUGGAAAGUGUUGUUAAAGUUCAACUGACUGUUAAUCUAAUUUGAAAGCACACAGAUCCAAAAAUAUUGCUUUACUAACAUACUGUAUGCCUGACUUGUAAUAAUGGGUUACAUACCAGGGGCCGUAUUCCUAAAGAUUCUUGGUGCAAAGAGUUGCUCCUACUGGCCAAAUUCUAAGAAAAUUCUUAGAACCAUGAUGUUUUCUUAGAAUUUCCUCUAAAAUUGAAGAGUAGAUCCAAGUAAAGAUAAAAGCUAUUCCUCAAGAAUCCUAGCUCUUAAGAGCGCUCCUAAGGUGAGAUCUGUUAAGAGCAGGGAAGAGGACUUUGAAGCAGCUUAGGAGUUCCCUAAGCAGAGGACAAAAUGGCGGACAGAAGCGGCAGGAGAGAUAUUCUCCAAACACUGGCUGACAGUGAAGUAUUGAAAAGCUACAGAUUGGAACGUCCAGGAAUCAUGUUUGUGGUUGAUCUCAUUAGAGAUGCACUUACUUCUCCAACCCAACGCCACAAUGCGAUACCAUCCCAAAUGAAAGCCAACCAACACUGCUUAUUAUGGGACCGUCAGCAAUCACAGACAUUGAUGAAAGAUGAGCCAUUUUACCCUUGUUAAUACCAAAUUGAGUUGAAAUGUUGAAAGUGCAGAAAUUACCAGCAUGGCAAUUAAUAAGAAAAUAAAGAUAACUAUCACUAUGUGAAUACUGUGCAAGUGGGUUUAGGUUUUCAAACAUUUUGUCAGAUAAAUUUAAAGUAUAGUCUACUAUUCAUUUAACAGAUAUUUUCUUUUAUGUGAAAUAUUAUGAUUGAGUUCAUCGAUGUGAGGGUCCAUCCUUUGCCCAUUGUCACCAAAAGUAUAUUUUUUAUUUGGCUUUUGGGAUCAACCAAUCACAGCUUUUUUUUUUAAACAAUUUUUUUUAAAUUUCAAAUUGAUGUAACAACCUAAAAUGAAAAUUGUCUGCUUUUUUUUUUCUUUUAAAUGCAUAAUUUCCAACUCUCCCCAUCAAUCCCCAGGGACACAGAACAGAAAGAAAAAUAAAAAAUAAAUAAAUAAAUAAAAUAGAAUAAAUAAGUAUAUCUAUUUGCCAACAAAUAAAGAGCACAUAAUCCGACAUGCAUAUUACAAAGAAACAAAACAAGAAAAGUAGGCAAACAAACAGACAAAUAAAUACAAAAGGAAAAAGGCAGCAACAAUAACAUCCAUGAACUCUAUCCAAAUGUGCAUAUAUAUAGGUCACACAUGUGAACAUAUCCAUAUACAUGCUCAUACAAACGCAUACCUACUACACCACAAAUAGUCAACAGUCCCUCUUAAAGAAAUUCUCCAAUUCUGAAAACAAUGGAGUCCAAAAAUCUUGAAAGAUAUGAGCACUAUUGUGUUUUGCAGGGUUAAUUUUUCUAGUUGUAAAAACGCUGACAUCUGAUCUAUAAAGAGCUUGAAAGUUGGCAGGAAAUUAUCUUUCCAACGUAAAAGUAUACAUUUCUUCAUGAAAUAUGUGAUUAUAAUUAGUAUCCUGCAUUUCUUUUUCGGUCCAACUGAACUUCCAGUGUGUCAUUUAAAAGAUACAAGCUAGGUAUCAGAUCGAAUGCAAUUUUCAGAACUGAUUGUGUGAAGGAAUGAAUUGAGGAUACGGUCAUGUCCUCAGAUACAAUUAAAGGAAAGAUUAGUGAAUUUUAUAAUAUUACAUCACAAGGAGGUCUGUCAUCUUUUCAAACUUUAGAGAAGAUAUGGGGGAAGGAACUGGGGAUAAUUUUUGAGGAAAACGCUUGGAAAAACACGUGAAAAAAUACACUUUCCAUUUAUUAGUAAUAAAAUCAAAGAGGCUAAUUCAAAUUUAUUCACAAACUGUAUUUAACCCCAAUGAAAAUGCAUAAAAUCUCAAAGCAUAUUUCUUCAAAAUGCCCUAGAUGCAAGAGGGCCGGUGGUACAUUUGUGCAUAUGUUUUGGGAAUGUGAUCAACCACACCUCCUCACCAAGAUAGGAGUUUCUGUCCAUUCCUUGAUCAGAGUUCUCUGAGAAUGUUCUGGUAUUACUCCUAAGCAAAGACUCCUUGCUAGGAGUUUUUAGGUUGAGUCAGGAGCCCUCUGAGAGGAUUCACAGAAUCUUUAGGAAUAUGGGCACAGAUUAAACUUUAAAAAAAAUCACUUUUCUCAGGAGCCUCAGUCAACGACAAAGGGUACUAAGCUAUUGAAAGUUAUUUUUGAACAAAAAAGUUGAUACAUAUUGUGUGGAUUAAUUUAAGUGUUAGUUUCUCAACAGUAACUAAACAUUGUCUCCUGCCAUAUUGAUGAAAAAUAGAAAAUCAAGUAUGUCAGAAAGGCAUAAAAUUCUUGGAGCAUUUUUCACCUCAGUAACUGCUUUUUGGACGUGUCUAACACCACUUACACGCAGGGUAAGAUCUGGUGACUCCAGUGUGACCUACUUUCUGGUUUUCUAGUUUUCAGGAGCCAUUCUUCCAACAGCUGCCUUGCCAAAACUCUUUAGGAUAACUUUAAGCUACAUAUCUCUUUUAUUGGUUGGCAGGUAAAAAGAAUUAUAAGGUUCAUACAUACUGUAGGUCUUCUAAAGUCCCAUGUGUAGGAUGUACAGGUAUGUCUGCUAUCUUUCAACCUGGACUCUCUGGACUUUUACUGUUUUCUAAGAAAUAAUUCAUUCAUGAUAAGUCUUAAUGCUGUCAUACAAGCUUAAGUUUUAAAUCACCGGUCAGUAUAAUGAUAUGAUACCAUAAUUUUUAGGCCCAAUAAGGGAAUAAGUCCAACCUGCAGCCGUGGAGGUGCUGUGGCUGCCACCUGUGACUGCUGACAGUAAAGAAGAAGAACUGAUUUCAGGUUAUCAACUAAUGACAAGACAAAAAAUUAAAGCUGAGAUUGCUUUCUGUUUCUGAGCUACACAUAAAAAAUAGGAGAGCAAAGCCUGUCCAAAGCCUUCAUUUGGGAUAGAGAGAAAUUCCUGGAGUCAUUUUUUUCUGUCCUUUUUCAGGAGUCAAGCUCUUCUGAUAGAGUUUUUAUCCAGUUUUCUUCGAGUAUAACUCUGGUUUCUGAUUGUUUUUUGAUUCAGUUUUCUCUCAGAAAAUGAACCAAAUUGAUCUCCAAGUAUAAAAUUAACGGAGCGCCCCCUUUAACUUGGGUUUCUCAUAUCCUCCAAAGAAGCAAGUUAGCAUUAUUACCAACAUUAUUGAGAAGUAAUCAAACACAGCACAUCAGGCGUAGUUGAGGAUUUAAUAUUCUGAUCCUCAUGUGUUGAAUAGAAGACCAGCCCACAGACUGUCACUGUGUCAAAGCUUGCAGGACACCGCGUGACUGAAAUCAUCAACAGACCAAAACAGAGUCCUUGGCCCUGACACACAUUUUAAUGACUGCUUAUUAAACCCUCGGUGUCUGUUUGAAAACUCAGUAUCCUGUUACUGUAAUGUUCAUAUACUUUAUUAUUGGUGUUGUAAACUAAUCAUUCACCAUGUAUAAAUAGAGGUUUUGAAGUUCAGUCUGUUAGUAUCUGUGUUUUAAUCAGUAUGAGUAAGUAAUCAUUGUAAUUUAAUUCGUUUUGCACUCGUAGUCAUCAAAGUAUCACUGCCAACUCUGAUUUAUACAUUCACUUUUUCAAGAAUCCUUUAUAAGACCAACAAGUGUGUUUUUGAGUGAUGUCUAACUGGGUGCUGUACUGCUGUCCACUGGCUGCCUUUUCCAUAUUUAUGUUGUUGUUUUUCAGAUGAUUUACUGCAUAUUUUUUAACGGUGUUGAAUAUAAUAUAAAUGUUGCACUUUUAAAUAUUAAGAUUUACUUUGUCCUGUAAAUAAAUCUAUUUUGAUAAAAAUGUUUUAUGAGGAUCAUUUUCCUGUGUUGUCUCUGUUGCUUGUACUGGGAUAUGAUGUGCCAGGAUAAUAGUAAUAAAAAAAAAAAAAUAAUAAUAAUAAUAAUAAUAAUAAUCAAAUUUGAUAAUUAAAUGAUAAUAAUAAUAAUAAUUAUAGUAAAAUCCUAACAAUAAUUAAAUUAUGAACUCAUCAAAUUCUAAUCACCUAAUUGUACUAAAUAAGUGGUUGUCAAGUGGCUAUUUUAGAUUCCUAUACACCUGUUUAAAAAUGCAAGGGAUUUUGGAGCUUGGUUGAGCUAGUAGGACAGCUCGCAGCGGGCGGAAAUUUCCAUUAUUUAUAAAUCCAAAACGUGAUGGCUCCAACUGUGAUUAGUUUUUUUUGCUUUUGCACUGAAGUUGUGACUCUUGCAAAUGUUUUCAACCCUAAAAAAAAUAUGGAGAAAAUAUGGCACAACAGUGACAUUACCAAGAACAGGACGUUCAUCCAAAACUGAUGAUAAGACAAGAAAACUGGUCAGGGAGGCUACCAAUUUCUGGCAAGUACUGGCUGUGUAGAACAUGUGACAACAAUCUCCUGCUGUCUUCAUAUGUCUGGGCUGUGGGGUAGGGUGGUAAGACGGAAGCCUUAUCUUACAAAGAAAAACAUCAAAGCCCGGCUUAAUUUUACAAAAAGACAUCUGAAAUCUCCCAAACGCAUGUGGGAAAAUGUGUUAUGGUCUGAUGAAACCAAAGUUGAACUUUUUGGGCAUCAUUGCAAAAGGUAUAUUUGGUGCAAAAUCAACACUGCUCAUCACCAAAAGAACACCAUACCCACAGUGAAGCAUGGUGGUGGCAGCAUCAUGCUUUGGGGCUGUUUUUCUUCAGCUGGAACUGGUGCCUUAGUCAGGGUGGAGGGAAUUAUGAACAGUUCCAAAUACCAGUCACUGUUGGCACAAAACCUUCGGCCUUCUGUUAGAAAGCUGAAGAUGAAGGGGAACUUCAUCUUUCAGCACGACAAUGACCCAAAGCACACAUCUAAAUCAACAAAAGAACGGCUUCACCGGAAUAAGAUUGAGACUUUGGAAUUACCCAACAAGAGUCCAGACCUGAAUCCCAUCGAACAUUUGUGGGGUGAUCUGAAGAGGGCUGUGCACAGAAGAUGCCCUCGCAAUCUGUCAGAUUUGGAGCGGUUUUGCAAAGAAGAGUGGGCAAAUAUUUCCACAUCAAGAUGUGCCACACUGAUAGACUCCUACCUAAAAAGACUGAGUGCUGUAAUAAAAGCCAAAGGUGCUGCAACAAAGUAUUAGUUUAAGGGUGUGUAUAUUUAUCUUGCUGUCAGUUUCUUACAUCACGAAAACCUGGCAGUUGAACAGGGGUGUUUAGACUUUUUAUAUCCACUGUAUAUGUAUGUAUGUAGAGAGAGAGAGACAAAGAGAUUUUUGCUGCUUCUAAAGCAGCGGUCCUAAGAGAAUUCUAAACCUUUCCUGGUCUGUGAGUUGGGUGAAGUUGGCUUGUGUGUGUGAGUUUAGUGUAUGUGUGUGUCCUGAUGUGUGUGUAUGUGUCACAGUAUAACAGGAAGUGCUGCUCUGUCUCAAGCUGUGUGUUCGGACAGAGCUAACACAACCUCACCUCUCUGGGCAGCCAGGUCUGCCUGUGGCGGCCACUCUCUAUGGCCAGGCUGUGGUAUAUCUAUAGCGGGGGUGAAAAUCUCACAAAGGAUGCAGGGCUAUUAUGUCUAUGGGCAGGAGGACCAGACCAAGAUGGCGGUCGUAUUGCACCUGCCCCAGCAGUCGAUAAGGCGUCUACUCUUUAUUUUGUCUAUGCGCACCUCCCUCUUCUUCACUUCUAUUGUGGUAAUGUCAGGAGUACAGCUGUGUACUCCUGCCCCCUGGUGGCUGUACACAUUCACUCCUCCACAUAAGUAGCUCAGAGUAAGGCUUUGUUAAAUUUGGUGGUGCUGUGGCGUGCAGAUGGCCGAGCGGGUUGGUGCGCUCCAUGUAUUGGGGACCACAGUCCCCGAAGCAGUCACAGGUUCGAGUCCGGCCCCGAUCAUGUGCUGCAUGUCCUCCCCACUCUCUCUCCCUAUCUGCCCACAUUUCACCCUGUCCUAUCAUUAAAAGACAAAAAUCACCCACCCAACAUAGAGAAAUAAAUUGAUGGUGCUUUUUCCCCCAGACUGUUGCUAAAACCUGAUGGGACUGAGAAAAACAAAAAUGAAGAAACUUCAGGCCAGAAAAAUGACCACAGUGAACUUUAUUAAAUGAAUUUUGGUAGUUUGUGUUGCAUUAGAUUCAAAUAAAAAUUUACAAAAAUCCCAUAUAUACAAAAAAGUCAUUUUAAUCACGUUUAUCACAUUUGAUUUUUCUUUUUACAAUAAAAUGUACUUUCUCCCCAUUAAACGCAUUUUAGCACUUCAGACUUUCAUCACACAAUGCAACUCACUGAGAGAACCAAGAUUUUUUUCUUUAACAUAUGUAUCUUUUUUGAAAUACACCACAUACACCACAUUUAUCGUUUUUUUCCUCUGUAAUAUAUUGUCAUAGUUACAGCCAUCAGUGUGGCAUUAAACCUCUAAAGACACCCUUCACAGUCAAAACUCAUGAUAGAGGAAUGUUCUUUUUUAAAGUGUACACUUUGCAUACAUUUAUUUACAGAUAAGCUUGAUCAGUUCACUAUCUGUGGUACUUCAGGUUCAACCAACUCUCUAAACAGACAUCUGUACAGAAGGAUUUUACAAGUGCCCCUGGGCUCCUGUCCCCCUUCGCCUGCUUGUUACUGUGCUUGUACUAAGGCUGAAUGACUUCCUCGGGAACUGUUGCUGUGGUGUGGAUCCCAUCUAAUACAGUCUGUUUUCUCGGCUGGACAGCGCCCGCUAACCGUGUAAGGUUGACUUUGCUGUUGUGAUUGGCUGGUAUGUGUCCUGACCUCAGCAGAGAUCUGAUCAGCUGGUGAAAAAAACAGACUGCCUGACACUCUCAGAGCCACAGGGAUGUGCAGGCUGUGGUGACUUUGUGGAAACAUCACUGACAGGUCCUCAUACCAGUCUAACAAACACAACAAAUCCAUACGCUUUGAUUAGAAUGAUUAAUAUAACCAUUUGACAUUUCUUAAAAACCUAUUUGUAGUGGUUGAGAAGAUUUGGUGAGGUUUUGGCUGCAGACGUGGUCAGAUAAUGAGGACGUGUGAUGCUUCUCGGUCAGCCUCCAUAGAGGGUUUUUCUUCUGGUUCUCUCUGUCUCAACUGGGGCUCAUGGGAAAUCUGUCUGAUGGUGGCCUUAAAGGUCAACUGCAAAUUAUGAUCAACCAUUCAGUAGACGCUAACAUUUUUCAAUGCAUACCAACUUUCACAAAAUGCAAAAAAAAUUCAUUAAAAAUUCACAAAAGGUAAAAAUAUAUUUAAACUCAAAAAUAUUUCACCAACAAUAAUAUUUCAUGAAAAUCCAAAGUUCAGAAAAUGCUAAAAAUAUUUCAUAGAAAUAAAUAAAAUAUACACAAAAUGCCAGAAUCUGUCAUGAAAAUUCCAAAAUCACAAAUAUUUGAGUGAAAUAAAAAACAUUUAAGAAAUCUGAAAUAUAUGAAAAAAGAAAAGACCAAAGUUGCAUUAAACAUAAAUAAUUUAUUAAACUGAGAAAGUGUUAAGUAUGAGUUUUUUUUAUCAUUAUUAUUUUAUGUUUCAUGAUUCAUCAAAGAAUUCAAAUGAGGAAACUUGAAACCAGUGUCAGUGUGCGCUUGUCACAAGUUUGUGUUGUUGACCUUCAGGGCCACUGUGUCGCCCAGGUAGCCUUUUAUUAACCCCUCUGGAUGCUGUCCUUGUCAAAACAACAUGUGAAUUUGAUUUAGCAGGGAUAAAAUUCCACAUCAAACAAAAAGGCUGAAUCCCUUCACAGUUCUUCAGGUAUGUCUGGAUCUAAGGCCUUUUCUGACCUGCACAAAACACAAGUAUUCAGAGCCUCCACCAUAAUUGGUAACUUUUCAGUGGAUUUUAAUUUCACAUCAUUGUACUUCCCAAAAAGUCAAGUGGUUUGGACAAAACCAAACUGUGCUAGUUCACAUAGUUUGUGCAGCUUAUGUCUUAUACUAUGAUCCUCUUCUUGACAGUUCACUGUGUUGGUGGCUCACUGAUGAUAUCACACAAUGAGGAAGAGUGUUGACAGACUCAGGCAGUGAGAGUGAAAAUUUUUUGUUAUGGUUACUGAGGAAAAUGACCAAAAAUCGGGGGGCACUGUGAUCCUGGACAUGCCUUACACCACCAAAUUAUGUCAGGCUCAAACUGCAAGCAGUCAAGCUCAAAGCUUUCCAUCAGUCCUGGUAGAGACACAGUACCUGACGUUGACGCUGACACUCUGUACUACACUUAAAUCUCACACACACACAAGCAAACGCCAAGCUUCACUUCCUUGUAACCUUAAACAAUAUCCCGGGUUCUAAGAUAAGAAGAUAAGAUAGGAUAAGAAGAACUUUAUUAAUCCCAGAGGGGAAAUUCAGUGAGUUAUGAGCCUGAAAUAAAGACAUAAGUAAAAAUAUAUUCUCUUUAAGGCAAACAAAAGCAGAAAAGAAAGAAAGCAGCUUUAGAGUAAAAGUAAGGAGGGAGUCAGAUUAAAUUUUAUAUCCUAUUUUUGAUACAUUUCCUGAAUUUGGCACCAUAUGCAUCAGUAACUUAAUAUCUCACCAAAGGGUGGUUGUAAUCGUACAAAACUCUGUAUGAUGGUUUGAAUUAAUUCCCUAUUUAAGACCUAGGUUUCAUGAAAAUGAAGCAAAACGAAAAUGAAAAAAACCUAUUAAAUCAGGUUAUUCUGUGUCAGUAUGAUUGACUGUUUGCUCCAAAGCGCAACAUUCAGUAUGUUUACAUGCAGGGUAAAGUUGAGCUACAAUUAAAGCUUGAUUAGGUGAUUUUACAGGACUCCUGUCUUUGUCCCAGUUUACAUGUACCGAGCAGGAAUCAAAUAACUGGCAGAAGCAUAUCCACUUCUGCUAUAGUAGGUGGAGACAGAGCAAACAGGAAGCCAUAGUUACAGCUCUGUGCUGUUUGUUAGGAAAGUUUAGCCUUUUUCACGUCCUUUCUUCAUCUGUCGAGGUUCCUGGCUUCCUCUGCAAAACAUCCAUUGCUGUUAAACCUCCAGCUAAAAGCUCGGAGCGUGAACAUGCUCAGAACGCUUAGGCUACUUUGAGUUUGAUUGAAGAGUAUAAAUGAAAGAGAAAAUCAUUCUACAACCACAUUAUUCAGGUUUGUUAGUGAAACUAGGAGAAGUUUGUUUUCAGUGUGAUUUCAGUCAGACUAACAUGUUCACAUGAUUUUUAAAAGUCCAGUUUCAGACAGACUAAGGCAGUAAAUUGUUUUUUAUAAGUGCAUUUAAACAUACUGAAUGACAUUUUUUAUUCAGGAAAUGACUGUUUUCUUGUUGGGCUUGUUGUUGUAGUUGGAAAUCAUGCUAAUAUCAAAGAAGGAUGAUGUGGUGCUGAGAGGCUCAAGAGUGAUUUUUCUGUGAAACAACUGAGGUAGUUUAAUUUUCUGUAUAUAUCAGUCUAUAGACCAUAUCAGUAUUUAUGAGAUAGCGAUUAUUAAACUAAGGCUACACCGGAUUUUGAAGAUACUGCAAAUAAACAUAUGUAAAAUGCUUCGACUUCCCUUUGAAUGAACAUAAUGCUGCAUUUACACAGAUUUAGCUACAAGACAUUAUGUGCUUUUCAACCUUUUUUAUUCUUUCAGACCACUACUGCUCAUCUAUCAGGAUUCCUCUCAUUUCAGCCACUGGCUGACCAAAGCACCAGGGGACUUGUCGUCUUAUUGUUUGAAAAAGGUGUGAUGCCGAGGGUGCAUUUGUGCCAUUUUUACAACAGUACUGCUUGAAGAUAAACCUACCAGUGGCCUUAAUUGUUAUAGAGAGGUAAGAUAGAACUCAGUGUGGACCUCAGCUCAGCUGUUUGCAGUGUGGAAAAGUGCCAGUCUUCAGGAGUGUCUGAAUGAGUCCUUCUUUAGACAUUGUGCUGAAUACGAAGCCUCUGUGCUCCUCAAGCACUCUUAAUAAAAGAAAUCUGUCUCAUUUUCGCUGUAGUCCAACAAUGUAGAUAAAUCUGGCUAAGAUAGGAAGAGCUCAUUGUGGCUAGGGUUGGUCUGGUUGUGCUUCAUACAGAGUUGACAACUCCCUGCUAUGGCCUUUCUUAUGUGCUCUUUCCUCCACUUAUCAUCAAUCAAGAGAUCACGUUACAACACAACAGGUGCAGGACACCAGGAGCUUUUUGUGUUUAAACAUUUAGGUCUUUAAAGGAAAAGGAAGUCACACCUUUAUUAUGUAUCAUUUCCAUAAAAUGUGUUAAAGCAUAGCUUAGCCGUGAUAAACAAUAGAAAAAGUUCAUUUUAUAAAUGAUCAGAAAUCAUCCUCAGCCUCCGAAAAGGGAUCUAUGAGGGAGGGCACUUCACGAAAGAAGACAGUUUCUAUACUACUGUUACUUGUGGCUGUGCGUCCUCACAACAUCUCAGCAAUAAUGAGCAGUUAAGAACAUGAGAGGAGGAUAGAGCAGCUUUACGACAUGCAUGUAACACACUGUGCUCCUACACACUCACACUGGAUUUUCCUGACCACAGCUCAGCCUACCUUCAGCUGAAUUUUGACUCUGGGCCUCCACUAAAUAGUGCAGGUAGACUAACUUAAAAAAUUCAGCCAUUCAUGUUCACACAUUUGCAGCUUUCUCUUGAAAUUGAUGGAUUAUUCCAGGAGUUUAGAGCAUGUGUGAAUACAGCAAUAGACAAAUUGAACUCAAGGAGUUAAUGCAUUUCAUUCCCAUUCAUGAUCUCUUUAUCAUGUGAGCCUCACUCCUACAAUUCCUGUCUCACCAUUUUCUGCCACAAUCUCUAACCGAGCCACCAGCGCUAACACCUGGUCACCACUUGGACAGGCGCUGUGCUCCUCUCAGAGCACCAUCACUCCCCCUCCGACAGGACUAAUGCUGUGUUCCAGUUGUACCCAGAAGUCGGGAUUUCCGAGCGCCAAGUCAAAAAUUAAUCUGGAAUGCCCCCCUGGAGUGAGAUUUCCGACUCGGAAAAUCGGACGAUUCUCACCAACCCUGACUUGACGACAACAUCAUAAUCCAAGAUGGCAGCGUAAUGCAUCAUGUUUUAUUUAUUACCACUUCUGUUUUGUUUUUGUGAAAUUAAAUAAGUGUUAUAUGUUGUACUGGCCAACGUCUAACCGUGAACAUGGUGCUAUGUUGUUUGUAGAGUAAAUACUGUCUUGUGUGUUGUUAACAGCUGGUAUAGCUAACAACAACUAACAACAGCUGACAACGACUGACAACAGCUAACUGUAGGCGUCCAUCUUGGUUUUCCGACUUGUUAACUGGAGCGUCGUUGACCUGGGUGUAACGCCAUUCCCAGCUCCGACAUCCAACUUUUGAGGGUAACUGGAACGUAGCAUAACUCGCUUCAAUGUUUCUCUCACAGCCUUCUGAUCUCACCUGGACUUUCCCUGCUUCAUUUCAGAGGACCUUUUUCUUCUUGUGAUUACUGUCAUUACAGACUGCUAUCAUUUACCAUCCAGGUCUUCAUCAUCAGAAUUAAACCCUUCAUAAAACCCCACUCAGGUCCAGUAUGUCCCUGUAACACAUCUACAUGUUUUAAGGACUCCAUGUGUCUAAACCACAGCUUUUGCCAAAGUAUCUUCCUUUGCAGCCUGUCACCAAAACUCUCAGCAGAGCCUAUUUGACUCAUCACAGAGACGAUUUACGAAAACAAACGUCUCCUCUGGCAUUGGACAGUUUUUGUGCUAUCAUAUAGAUAUAAAUGUCACCCUCCAUCUACCCCUCUGGACAUAAAUAACUUUUCUUCUUCCCUUCUGUCUUCCAGCUGAAUCCACCUCAUCCCUUCAUCUCUGACCCGCCAUCCCCUAAUUCUUGUUCCCUCUACCUUCUCCCUUUCCCUCUCCGGUCUUUGUGCCUCCUUUCCACUGAAUCCUUCACCAGGACCUUCACCUGGUCCUCUGGAAAAAAUGCCCUUUGCAAAACAUUUUGGAUCAGACUCUCCUGGUGCAGCUAGGUCCCAGUAGAUGGUUUUGUUUUAUAACCAGUGCUUUAUUCAGAUUAUGGUAAACCAGACCAAGCUGCUGGGUGUUGAUCUGAUGGAGUAUCUUAGUCACUCCAGCUUUAUGAAUGUUAAGGAAACAGUGUUUGAUUUCCUGGAGUGACAGCUCUGUUGAUGAUUGGACUCAUAUUAUAACAGAUUAACCCAAUACUGCUGCCUUCAAGGCCAUCACAUAUGAACCCAACAACGUGUAUCCUUGACACCAUUCCCAAUAAAAUUUCUCAAAGUAUUAGAUACAGUUAGGCCCAGUAUUUUAUCAAUUACAAAUAGCUCACUUUUAACAUUUUCUCUCUGCUUUCAAACAUGCUGUGGUCCAAUCUCUAGAAACCUAAUCUUAUCCCCUCUGUUUUUAGUAAUUUUAGGCCAAUUUCUAAUCUACCGUUCUUAUCCAAAGUUUUAGAGAAAGUAGUUUUAACACAGAUUUUAGAUUUAAUGACAACAUCUUUUGAAGAAAUUUCUGUCAGGUUUUAGAGCUUUGCAAAGUACUAGUACAGCCCUCCUCCAGGUAACAGUUGACUGUUUUUAGCUGCUGACAGGAAAUAUAAGUGCAGCAUUUGACACUGCGGGUCAUGCCAUCUUAAUGUAACGUCUCAAGACUUGGGUUGGUGUCAAGGGUACUGCACUUAAUUGGCUUUGUUUUUAUCUUUUAGACAGAACCUUCACCUUAGGCAACCACUCCUCCGUCACCAGUUGUAAUACCCAUGGUGUACCGCAGGGUUCUGUUUUAGGCCCACUUCAAUUCUCUAUUUACAUGCUUCCAGUUGUUAGUUAUUCAGGGCCAUAAUCUGUCUUUCCACUGCUCCACAGAUAAACCCACUGCUGAGACCUGGUGAUCCAAUAUGACCCAAAACAGUCCAGUCAUGUUUCAUUCAGAUCACGUCCAUCUCUAAAAUCAAAUCUGUUUUUCUCCCUGCUGAUUUAGAAAAGUUCAUCCUUGCAUUCAUCUUCUCCAGGUUAGAUUACUGUAACUCCCUCCUCUCCAGUAUUUCUCACAAAUCCCUCUCCUGCCUCCAACACAGUAAUAAGCUGGUAAACUUUUGUGUCCCUUUUGGUAAGGUAACACACAAGGAUUAGUGUCCUCAUGAAGACAGUUAAUAAAAGUUAGUGAGAUUAUUAAAGACUCCUUUUUACAGCACUUGCAUGGCUUCAGUCAAGCAGACACCCUACCACAGACCACUCUCCUCAAAUAAGUAUAUGGGCACUAUUUUCGUGCCUUGCCGGCAGCAUGGUGCAGGCGUGGCAUAAGUCAGGUCCGCAAUGCCGAUGAGGCAAGGCCCAAGCACACUUCAGUAUUUUGGUGAGCGGUGCAGCCCCCCCCCCCCCCCGCCUACUUAGCUCCACCCAGCGGUGCAAGUAGGAAAGGGGGAGGGGAGAAGAAGUGGAGCGGGUUUAACACAGCCAAGUCCUGUUUUCACAGAACAAAUCAGCUCCUCUCCUCACCUUUAAAUCUGGCACUGGCAAGGCGUAUUGCAAAUUUCGUGAAGUAGUCUAAGAGAUGGCUGAAGACAGCAACACCACAAGAUGGUGACAGGACGCAGCCCCUCAAUAAGUGUUGCUCCAAGCGUUGUGGAGGGCGUCCUCCACACUCUCUUAAAUAAGCACAGAGGGAUUUGGUGUGUGUAACGUUGGACCCACUGGUAAGACAAACAUCCUUUUCCACAAAUAAAGACACUCACAUAAAGUUGCAUAUAGUUAAACCCCACAUGACAAAGAAGGGUUGUGCACACUUCACAAAAACAAAGUCCAAUAAUGGCAUUAAAAUCAGAACCACCUGUGCAUACACGAAGCAUCGCGCUCCGUGGCCUGGCUCUUUCUUUCACUUAUGUUGGCGUGUUAAAUGAAUGUGGCUUAUGCAACUGAAUAUUAUAAUAUUCUUAUGUAGGCCUAACUCCAGACUGAAUAUUCACAGAAUUUAAAGGAUGUAAGAGCAUUAGAUAUACAGGAAAUUAUGAAUAAAAGUCUCUUUUAUUGUUCUGUUCAAAUCUUUGAAGUAAAUAACUCAUCUGAUCACUAAAAUAAAUCAUCUGGUCAGCCUUGCAGCAGCAUCAGGAUGAAAAGUGAGGACAGGGAGAGAGAAAGAGGAGGAAGAGGAACAGAGGAAGGAAGUGGGGGAUAAAUUAAAUAUCUUGUUAAUUCCAUCAUGUGUGACUAUUUACUGGAUAUUCAAUUUAAUGCGGUUUCAGCUGUUUUAAUUCAGUCAGGUUGAGUGUCCAAAUGAUCAUCAGAUAAGAUAGCCUAUACAUCAGAAUAUAGAUAUAAGUCUAUGUGCUGACUCAGAUAGUUGCACUGAUUAUUGGUUGUUGUUAUUUAUUGCAUUGAAAUGUGCCUGACACUGUGGAAACCUGCCGUUGAGGCACUGGUGACGUGUGCACACUCCUGCGUCCGUCUACCAAAAUACCACCUGACCAGCUGCGCUCGACCUGCACUGAAAGCUGACCAGGUUUGAAUCGGCGAGCUUCCAGCGCACUUACUACGCUGCCGGCGGGCAUGAAAAUGUCACUGCACCAGCUAAUUCUGUCGACACCUCCCCCUAAUGCGCCACCACACCCAGCUUGGCACAUCUCAGUGCGCCUCAGUCCACCAAAAUACCUAACUGGCUGUGCACAGGUCUGCGCUGGACUAAAAUACCACUGCGUACGGUGCGCCACCCUGCGCUGCUCUGCUAACGGGCAUGAAAAUAGAGCCCUUUGUCAGGAUCUUUUUCUCUUUUUAGUCUAAAAAGGGGUUUACUGUUAGUUUCUGAAACAAAGGUACACUCCACAAGACAUGAUAUGAACAAUACAACCCCAAUUCCCUUUAAAAGACUGGGAGGCUGUGUAAAAUGCGGAUUAAAAACAAAAUUACAUGGUCUGGAAAUCCUUCAGAAUCCUAUAUCUAAUUGAUUAACGGAGCAAAGACAACUGAUCAAAUGUUGAAACUUAAAGAUAUCUGUUCCUUCAUGAUAAACAUACACUUGUUUUAAAUGUGAUGCCAGCAAAAGGCAUGUUCACAGAUGUUCACAGUAUAUUUUAUGUAAUCAUGAUUUAUUUUCUUCACACCAACCAGCAGUUACUGUAGUUAAGAUAAGACGAAAAGAAUCAGUUACAACUUUUUUGUCUGCUUUCGUUUGAGCCACCCGUGUGUAGGACUUCAUUUGAUACCCUGCUGUACUGUCUCUAAUCACAAAUGUUUGUGGUCAAAAGGUGAACUCUGAUCAGAAAUUUUAUGUAUUUUAUAACAGCCCUGAAUUAUACUUUGUUGUGGCACUGAUGUUGAUAACACUUGGUUAAAUCUUCUUGUUAAAGUCAACCGAAACCACCAGCACUCUGUGAACUUGUUAAGUAUUCUUUGGUGUGAUAAUAUUAAAACUGUGGAUUAGCUGGUGAAAAAAAGGAACAUUUUGCUCUGAAGGUGAAAGAACCCAAGCUGAACUUCACUAAACAAAUUUAUCAUAAAGGAUGGACACACACACACACACACACACACACACACACACACACA